AUGGCUUCUAAAUUCAUAAACAUUUUAAGGGUAUUUAGAUACCUUAACCCGCCUAAUGGCCUUUCAACACACGCCGUAAGGUUCAUAAAUUCUUGCAGCUCCCAAUGGAACAAUUAUGGGCGCAACUCUGUUGUAUUUCUAAAAGCCAGAGAUUUUCGUGAACGGAUCGCAAUUGUAGACUCAAAUGGACAACACUCUUACGACCGUCUUUUACAGCUGAGUAAAAGUAUUGGUGAUGGCUUAUUGAAGAAAACGGGGAGGAGAGACCUUAAUGGAUGCUGUGUUGCCUUUCUUUGUCCAAACGAUGUUUCAUACGUUGCUACCCAAUGGGCUAUAUGGCGAAAUGGUGGUAUUGCUGUUCCACUGUGUAACUCUCACCCUACAAGCAUGUACGAGUACACGAUUGAAGAUUGUAACGCAAAUAUUUUGAUAUGUGCUGAUAAAUACGCCGCGAAACUGGAACCAAUGGUCAGGAAAAAUGUAGUAGAAACGAUGUUUUUGGGAGAUAUCAACGAAAACAGCCAGCGGAAAGGGGUGUCUUGUGAUAAGCUUACAGAAAUUGAACAACAGGAGAACAGCUGGGAUGAACGAGAUGCCAUGAUUGUCUACACGAGUGGAACAACAGGCAGACCGAAAGGAGUUCUAUCAACCCAUGGAAACUUAAGGUUUUACUGACUGUUAGGUUUAGGGAGGGGAGGCAGAAGACAAGGGAAGAAGCAAGGGAGGGAUAGGUACAAAGAAAUGUUCUGGGAGUAUUUUUGUCUGGGAACAUCUCAGCUUUAUUAAACUGGCUUGUAUAUGGUUGAGCUCUGGCUUAUAACCUGUCGUCUGCUGCUGUUUCACUGCCUGGGACCUUACUCUUAUAGUAAAGCAUUCAGCAGAGAAGCAAGGUACCCACGUUGUGUUAGCACUAGCUAUGUAGUAAACAAGGAAUGUGUCUUUGUGACCACGCCCAGGUAUCUGACUUGCAGAACCUGUUCUUGGCCAUGAAGAAACUUUUUUCUCUCCCUAAAACUUACAGAUCCAACAUUUCUGUCAGGACACUUUGUGAGAGACAAUGGCCAUUUAAGUAAAUAAACAAAUCAAUCCCUGUACUAAUUAUUUUUUUCUACUUUGUUCAGGUCUCAAAUCAGUGCCCUAGUGAAGUCAUGGGAAUGGAGUAAAGAUGAUUAUAUCAUUCACUGUCUCCCUCUUCAUCAUGUCCAUGGAAUAGUCAAUGUGUUGCUCUGUCCCCUGUGGGUAGGAGCAACUUGUCACAUGCUUCCAAAAUUCGAAGCAGACAAGGUAAAUAUUAUUCAUUGUUCUCUGAAUAUGACAACUGAGUUUACCAUUUGUCUCAUCAUAGUCACUUAGAUCAGCUGAGAGGGAGAACUCAGGUUCAAACCCCAGCCCUAGUAUCAGCAUAUAUAUUCUCCAUAGUGCUCUUGUUACAUUUCCUAUGGUACUAUUGAGGAGAAUUUCUUUAACAAUCAAGAGAUUUUUUUUUGUCUCCUUUACAGCCGUUUUUAGGGUUGUCACACAACGCUCAUCAAGGACUGUUGCAUGACGACCCUGAAAAUGGCUGCGAAGGAGACUAGACGUUUUUCACUUGUUGAUCAUUUUCUUUUUUCUUACAACCUUUUUGCUUGAAUGAGCAGUGUUGCUGUAAGGAGAAAUUAAACAUUUGUCACUCUUAGGGGUCAAAAGGUUAAACUGUUAAAAUGAUGCUCCCCAUGUUCAGGGUGGCCUUGUCUCCUCCAUCCUUUCUUAUCACUCAGAAGGAGAGAUUAAAGUCACUCUGCUAUUCCUAAACAGUAGGGGUAUGUAAACACCAAUGGAAUGGCCAGUCUUCUCAUGGUUUUGUUAGGGAAGGGACUUUCAGAGCCACCACUAUAAUGGCACAAACUGUUUUUGUAAUCUGUGCCGUAUGAAGUAUGCUAAUUAAAUAAAUUAUCAUCCUAAGGUCAUUGAGGUCAUUUUAUUUUUAGGUGUGGGAUGUUCUUUUAGCAGAGAAGCUCAGUCCAACUUUAUUUAUGGCAGUUCCAACAAUUUACAGCAAGCUAAUUCAACAUCAUCAAGAGUCUCAGGUUACUGACCAGGAAAAAGAAAGAAUAAAGUCAAAGUGUGAACAACUCAGGUAAAUACCUCCCUCAUUACUGUAACAUCAAACCACAAAUUCUCCACACUGUUCUCCAUAAGAAGAACUCAAUUGGAAAUGAAGAUUUUUGUAUUUGAUAUCAGCGUCUUACCCUUCUCCCAGAUGGAGUCUAUUUCAUGGCAACUUUUGGUAUCCUGUCACAUAAAUCAGAAAUAAAUUACACCUUUUCAUUCUUUUCAUUUUUUUUCUGGUUUCUUUUCUUCUUUUUUAAAGAUUAAUGGUGUCUGGUUCAGCAGCACUCCCGGAGCCUAUUAUGAAAACAUGGCAAGAAAUAACAGGUUGGGAUUAAGUUAAGUUACACUGUAUAGUAUUAAUCGUUACUAUAACGGUACAUUGCAUUAAGUGCAUUACAUUCCAUACCAGCAAAUAGAAUUCAAAAUGGUUUUUAUUCCAUAGUGGUAUGUAAAUAAAAAUAAUAAUAAUAAUGAUGAUGAUGAUGAUGAUGAUAAUAAUAAUAAUAAUAAUGUCCUUUGUUUACCCUCGGCAGUAUUUUGAAGCACUGAUGCUAGUGAGGGUGAGCAAAUUUCUGAAACAAAUAAUUCAAAUCAAACUUAACAGGGUUAAGAAUCGCCCAACUGGGCUGAGGCAAACCAGUUGGCUAUUUACAAAUAUGGUCGAGGAUUUGAACUCGGGACAACUGAGAACAAAUCCAGCAAGCGGUCAGGGCGGGACUUGAACUCGGGGCCUCCGAAUUACAAGUCCAGUGCUCUAACUGCUCGGCCACGUUGUGUUACAAGUCAAAAUUAAAUUCAGGUUAAAUUUUUUAACCUAGGUGUUAGGGCUAGGAUACAAAGGAAGUAGAGAAUCAACCUGGGUUAAAAAAAUUUAACGUCAAUUUAAUUUUGACCUGUAACAUAUGCAUGCUAUUCUAAUUUGUGGCCAAAUUGCUUAUUCCUAAGCCACAUGAUUCUGUUUUUAUGCAAAUGAUUUUUAUGUAAAUGUCAGGUUUUAAGUUCUGUUGUUCAGAAUAUCAAUGCAGUUUUAAUAUACCAAGGGUCUAACAGCGUGCAAAGAAAGUACUGUCCGAUAGCCCGGGGCUAGUGGAUUUUGCUAUCGGGCUAGUGAAUUCUGUUUUUAACUUGCCCGACGGGUAAGUGAUUUUUUUUAGGAAUUCAAAUAACAGAAGAACUGUCAAAUCAAUUCUGCUAGUCAAAAAGUUUUUGGGACUAGUUGAAAUGACGUCUGGGCUAGUAAAUGCUAGCUUCAGCUUGCCCGAAUGGCAAGCUGUAAAAAUAAUUUUCUUUGCACCCUGGUCUAAGCCAGAUCGUAAUUUUUUUUCUUCAAUUUUAGGGCAUACUUUAUUGGAAAGAUAUGGAAUGACUGAGAUAGGCAUGGCAUUAUCCAAUCCCCUCCUUGGACCAAGAUUGCCAGUACGUCUCAUUUGUUCGAGAUCUCACCUUUAGCUAAAUUUCUUUCAUCAAACCUAGAAACCUGUUAUUGAGACUUCCUGCAAUUCAAGCCGGUAAAAAGAGGAGCUGAGAAAAAAAACCUAAAACCAGUUCAGCCUCCUGAGCCUUACAAAACUUUAACCUUUACAUCGCGUUCCUCAGACUUCUACACAGCCACCUUUUUUGUUGUAAUGAAACGCUUAGCUAAGAGGAAAUUUGAUUAAUAACCCAGUGAAUGACCAUAUAGGAGACUGGGAAGGCCCUCUGUCCCAUGUGUGAUUGAAGCUUAGUCCGAUGAUGAUGUGAAUGAUGAUGUUGAUGACGGUGAUGUUGAUGAUGAUGAUGAUGAUGAUGUUGAUGAUGGUGAUGUUGAUGAUGAUGAUGAUGAUGAUGUUGAUGAUGGUAAUGUUGAUGUUGAUGAUGAUAAUGAUGUUGAUGAUGGUGAUGUUAAUGAUGAUGUUGAUGAUGAUGAUGGUGAUGUUAAUGAUGAUGUUGAUGAUGAUGAUGUUGAUGAUGAUGAUGGUGAUGAUGUUGAUGAUGAUGUUGAUGAUGUUGAUGAUGAUGUUGAUGAUGAUGAUGAUGUAGAUGAUGGUGAUGUUAAUGAUGAUGUUGAUGAUGAUGAUGGUGAUGUUGAUGAUGGUGAUGUUGAUGGUGAUGUUGAUGAUGAUGUUGAUGAUGAUGAUGGUGAUGAUGAUGAUGAUGAUGAUGAUGAGAAGUAGAUUAUGAGGAAGAGACUGGCUGUUUUUUAUUUCCAUUUUGACAAACAAGUAAGACCCAAGUUAUAACCAGACAACUGAUUGUUAUUCCAGGGUUGUGUAGGAAAACCUCUGCCUGGGACAGAAGUUCGGAUUGUGGAUGAAAGAAAACAGGUAGGGAUUCAAAUUUUGAUUGAUUUGUCCUACGAGUAAUUAUUAGUAGUAUUUCAGAUGUUCUUAGCAAUCUCUGGGUUAACUUUGUAGGUGCAGAUGUGAUAGUGUUCCCAUGAUGGUUAGCAAACUAAACUGUCCACUUAGUAAUGGUAGUAAACUAUUUUACAUAUUUUUAGUUAUGUUUUGUCAACUAAGGGAAUUAAUAAUGAACACCUGAUGAGGUUUUCCCUUCAUCUUUUAUCAGGUUGUGGUUGAAGGAAAUGAAAAUGAUUCUCGCGUGUCUUUGCACAAUGAAGGAAAGCAGGGAGAACUGCAAGUAUGUGGCCCAUCAGUGUUUAAAUGGUGAGUGCACAGCUGUAAAAAAAACAACAGCCCAUUGAAAACAAUGGCAAGACCUUACACUUUGUGUUCUAACUUGAUUAUCACAUGUGAAAAUUUUGACAUAGUGAAUUUGAGUAUUCUAUUGACUAGCUACUGGAAUAAACCCAAAGAAACGCAAGAGUCAUUUACAACAGAUGGCUGGUUUAAAACAGGAGACACUGCCGGUAAAUAUGUUUUAGUCACUUUCUAUCCUUGAUUUUGAUGUUAUUUCUGCAUGUGCAGUUGAUCAGAGCACAGGAACUACAUGAGGCACAACUUUGCAAAGGAUACCAAUUAUUUCACUUUAUCUUUAUAAGCUGUUAUUAUUCAAUAAGUAUCUUACAAAUAUUAUCUUAUUAUUUAAUAAAAUAUCUUACUUUUCCUUUCAAGUCUAUAAAGAUGGUGUUUACCGCAUACUGGGUAGGACAUCAGUUGAUAUUAUCAAGAGUGGAGGCUAUAAAAUCAGGUAAGAGACAUAACCAAAACUGUGCUUUACUGAUAAGCACGUUAACUUCCUUUCAUAACUGUUUAUUUUAUCAACAAAUUUUCAUUUUUUAAGUGCCCUUGAUGUUGAGCGCCAUCUUUUGUCACAUGAUGACAUCAUAGACUGCGCUGUAGUGGGCAAACCAGAUCCUGUGUGGGGUGAGGUGGUGGCAGCAGUGGUCACUCUCCACCAUGGCAAGGUAUGUUGGCCCAUGUUAAUAUCUCCAUUGAAUUGUUGUCUUUUGCUGACCAUGAUUAUGUCAUGAAACAAUUUGACCCAAUUUAGUCUGUUACAUGAUUGUCAUCAAAAUAUGAUAUUAUUAACGCUUUAUGGACACCCGCUUAAUACAGACACCACAUUACAGUCAAACCCUGCUUUACAGAAACCUGCUUCUCAUGAACACCUCCUAAUUACAGACAGUUUACUUUGUCCCUGGAGGGGGGAAAGAAACCUCUUACAUAUUCUUUAACCCUUUAAGCCCCAAUAUCCACAUACAAAUUCUCCAAACUGAUCUCUAUACAUUUUCUUCAUGGAUGGGUUGAGAGAAUUUGAUAAAAGAUCAAGGCAUUUUCUCUUAGGUGAUCAAUUUAUUAAUUUUCAUAACCUAAUCUCUGGACAAUCUAUGGAUAUGGUUAGGAGAAAAUUGAUGUUGGUCACCAUUGGGACUUAAAGGGUUAAAUACGACCCGCUUAAUCAGACACCCCAUUAAUAUGGACACUUCCUAAUUGGCAAGGAUACCAUUUAAAGACUAGGCAAGAUAGAAAUGAUGGUAUUUUAAUCAUCUUUAUUUUGUACAGUACAUGUGUGUGCUGACCCUGCCAUGUCAAACAUAACAUAACAUAAAACUUUAUUUAUACUCAAAUUUUAGAGUAGCUAACAAGCUAAUAUCUUCGAGCUGACACUACAUGAAAAUAAUAUAGAAAUAUCUAUAUACAUUAAAUGCAUUAUAAGAAAUAAUAAUAAAAUUCUUCACAAAUUCACAAUUUUAAGUUUAAGUAUGUCAGGCAAAAAGAAUCUACAUGAAGGUAACAUCCUGUAUUUUGGUCUUAAAGUCUGCAAAAAAAAAAACUGGUACGAAAAAAGUCUGGCAGUGCAUUCCACUGCUUAGCUGAAAAGUAAGAAAAGGAGUUAAUACCAUAGGUAGUUGUUUUAGGUUUACUUAGUGAAAGAAUGUAGUACAGACCUAAAACUCAUUUAAUGCUUUUAUCUUAUUUGUUUGUUGCACAGGAAAUGAACCUAUCAGGCCUAAAACAAUGGGCCAGCGGACGUAUGAUUCCGUACCAGAUUCCCACAGUUCUUCUUGUAGUAGAGGAGCUACCAAGAAAUGUAAUGGGCAAAGUUAACAAGAAAGAACUGUUUUCUAUGUACUUUGGUGAGAAAUAGUAAAAUUAAUGCACUGUAGAUGGCCAUUAAAAAUAUUAACAAUGCCAGUCUUGGCUGCACAGUUCGGUGGAGUAGUACAUUUCUACCAGAUUGUGAAAAGAUGAUUGUGUGCUUGGGGAUCCUGUGCAUUCCUUCAUCCCAGCUGGUCGGGUCAAGAGUCGGUAUCAAGAGUUCUUUGGGAUGUCUGUGAAAGCUAAAAGGCAGCUGGUUGUGUCAAAUAAAGAGUGCCUGUAGGUGAUGCUUUCAGGUGCCAUCAGUGUACCAUAAAGUUACCUUUUUACAUCUGACAGGAGUACCUUUAUUAAAGACUUUAAAAUUACACCAGUGCUCAUGUGACAAUGGAGUUCACAAGGGGAUUUGGAACAAGCAGUAUGUACAAAAGAACUAGAAACUAGGAACAGACAAAUACAUACAUUCAUACUUUAUUAAUGUGGCUA